AUGAAGGCAGGGAAUGCAGCGAAGCUGAUCGUCGAUGCGCUGUUGCAGCGGUUCCUUCCGCUUGCACGGCGUCGCAUUGAAACCGCUCAAGCUCAGGAUGGGCAAUACCUUCGACCAUCAGAUCCAGUCUAUGAACAAGUAUUGGAUUCCUUAGCUAUGGUGGCACGACAUACCCCUGUGGAAUUAGGUGAAAUAAUGAAGGCAGGGAAUGCAGCGAAGCUGAUCGUCGAUGCGCUGUUGCAGCGGUUCCUUCCGCUUGCACGGCGUCGCAUUGAAACCGCUCAAGCUCAGGAUGGGCAAUACCUUCGACCAUCAGAUCCAGUCUAUGAACAAGUAUUGGAUUCCUUAGCUAUGGUGGCACGACAUACCCCUGUACCUCUUUUGGAAGCUCUUCUACGAUGGAGAGAAAAGUGGGUUAUAGCAAUGGAUGGGCAAUACCUUCGACCAUCAGAUCCAGUCUAUGAGCAAGUAUUGGAUUCCUUAGCUAUGGUGGCACGACAUACCCCUGUACCUCUUUUGGAAGCUCUUCUACGAUGGAGAGAAAAUGAAUCCCCAAAAGGUGCAAAUGAUGCAUCUACAUUCCAGAGAAAGGAAAUUAUACUUAAGCUUGAUGAUGUUUUCGCAUGGUUCAGCUUGCAGUGGAAUGCAUAUUUUGCUCCGCAUGUAUCCGUUUUGUGGAAUGUUGCCCACAAGAACGACUUACAGAAGCUCUGGAUUGGUCUUGAAAACUUUGUGUUUGAUUGGCUAAUUAAUGCUGACAGGGUUGUUAGUCAGGUUGAAUAUCCUUCCUUGGUUGACUUGCGGGGGCUUCUUCUAGACCUAGUUGCACAACUCCUAGGUGCUUUAUCCCGAAUCAGGUUUAGUUCCGUGACAGAGCGCUUUUUCAUGGAACUAAAUACUCGUCGGAUUGAUACAAAUGUUGCUCGAGGUGAAACACUUAGCAUCAUUAAUGGGAUGCGCUACCUAAAACUUGGAGUUAAGACUGAGGGUGGUCUGAAUGCAUCAGCCUCUUUUGUGGCAAAAGCAAACCCUCUGAAUCGUGCUCCCCAUAAGCGGAAAAGUGAACUUCACCAUGCGCUGUGCAAUAUGCUUUCAAAUAUUCUAGCACCACUUGCAGAUGGUGGAAAAGGGCAAUGGCCUCCUUCUGGUGUAGAACCUGCACUUACCUUUUGGUAUGACGCUGUUGCACAGAUAAGAGCGCAGCUCAUGCAUUGGAUGGACAAGCAGAGCAAGCAUAUAGCUGUGAGGAAAUCGUAG